GACGAAGCAGCCGUUGACGAAGCAGCCGUUGACGAAGCACCCUUUGGCGAAGCACCCCUUUGCUGCGUUGCUGCGGCUCCCCCCCCGGAAAGGAUGUCCCGAAAGAAGCGCUCGACCAAGUAGCCAAGAGAAACGCAAACGGUUAAAAAAAAAAAAAAAAAAGAGAAGAAUGGAUAACAUUAGCAAGUACCUGAAGGAGGAGGACUACUACAUUAAGUUGAAAAUUUUGAAGAAGCAGAUUGACGUGCUGAACAUACAGGAGGAGUACAUCAAGGAGGAGCACAAAAACCUGAAGAGGGAGCUGAUCCGGUCGAAGAACGAAAUAAAGCGCAUACAGAGCGUGCCGCUGAUCAUCGGGCAGUUCCUGGACAUCAUUGACAGCAACUACGGGAUCGUGAGUAGCACGGCGGGCUCAAACUACUACGUGAGGAUUCUUUCCACUCUGAAUAAGGAGGACUUGAAGCCAUCAGUUAGCGUGGCGUUGCAUAGACACAGCCAUUCGAUCGUUAAUAUCCUGCCGUCCGAAUCGGACAGCAGCAUACAGCUCCUACAAGUGAGUGAGAGACCAAAUGUAAAGUACACAGAUUUGGGAGGACUAGAUACGCAGAAGCAGGAAAUGAGAGAAGCCGUAGAAUUGCCUCUAAAAAGCCCAGAAUUAUAUGAAAAAAUUGGGAUUGAACCCCCCAUGGGGAUUUUAAUAUAUGGCCCCCCAGGUACUGGGAAGACGAUGCUUGUUAAGGCGGUAGCGAAUGAGACACAAGUUACCUUCAUUGGGGUUGUGGGUUCCGAAUUUGUGCAGAAAUAUUUAGGAGAAGGUCCCAGAAUGGUUAGAGAUGUAUUCAGACUAGCCAGAGAAAACUCCCCGUCUAUUAUUUUUAUAGAUGAAGUAGAUGCAAUAGCGACGAAGAGAUUUGAUGCACAAACAGGGGCAGACAGAGAGGUGCAGAGAAUCCUCCUAGAAUUAUUAAAUCAAAUGGAUGGCUUUGAUAAAUCUACCAAUGUGAAAGUCAUCAUGGCAACUAACAGGGCAGAUACCUUAGAUCCUGCUCUGUUGAGACCAGGGAGAUUAGACAGAAAAAUUGAGUUUCCUCUCCCCGAUAGGAAACAAAAGAGACUCAUUUUCCAAACCAUCAUUAGCAAGAUGAAUGUCAGCAGCGAUGUUAACAUUGAGAACUUCGUGGUGCGCACCGAUAAGAUAAGCGCCGCCGACAUUGCCGCCAUUGCGCAGGAGGCCGGCAUGCAGGCCAUUCGCAAGAACAGGUACAUCAUCACGGCCAACGACUUCGAGCAGGGCUACCGCACCCAUGUGAGGAAGCAGCUCCGCGAUUACGAGUUUUACAACGUAUAG